AGCCCCGCCCCUCUCCGUAUCCAUGGCAACGUGAGGCCUAGAAGAAGCCUCGCUUUAGAAACGGAGGGGCAAAAAGAGCGCUGCGAUGGGGCAGGACUAUUACGCCGUGCUAGAUCUCACCCGCAGCGCUAAGGACGCCGACAUCAAGAAGGCUUAUCGGAAGCUUGCUUUGAAGUACCACCCUUAUAAGAAUAAGGAACCCUGGGCUCCGGAGAAAUUCAAGCAAAUUGCUGAAGCCUAUGAUGUCUUGAGUGACCCGGUAAAGAAGGGUGUCUAUGACAAAUUUGCAGAAGAAGGCCUUAAAGGAGGAAUUCCUUUGGAGUUUGGGCUUGACACCCCCUGGACAGAAGGCUAUGUAUUCCACGGAAACCCUGAGAAAGUCUUCCGAGAAUUCUUUGGAGGAGACAACCCUUUUGCUGAGUUCUACACAUCCGAAGGGGCAGAAGUGAACAUGGCCUUUGGGGGACUGCGGGGACGGGGAGUGAAGAAACAAGACCCUCCCAUUGAGCGAGAUCUCUACCUGUCCCUGGAAGACUUAUUCUAUGGAUGUACCAAAAAAAUCAAGAUUUCACGCAGGGUGAUGAAUGAAGAUGGCCAUGCAUCCACCAUUAAAGAUAAGAUCCUGACGAUCGAUGUCCAGCCAGGCUGGAAGCAAGGAACCAGGAUUACCUUUCAACAAGAGGGGGACCAGGGCCCCAACAUCAUCCCAGCCGACAUCAUCUUCAUCGUGAAGGAGAAGCUCCAUCCCCGGUUUAAACGUGAUGAAGACAAUCUGAUCUAUGUGGCGAGGAUCCCUCUGGGAAAGGCUCUGAUUGGGUGCACCAUAGAUGUGAGAACCCUGGAUGAACGCCUGCUCAACAUCCCCAUCAAUGACAUUGUCCACCCCAAGUAUUUCAAAGUUGUUCCAGGAGAAGGGAUGCCCUUGUCCAAAGACCCCACCUGCAAAGGGGACCUCUUCAUGUACUUCGAUAUCGUCUUCCCUGCCAGACUUACCCCGGCCAAAAAGGAUCUCCUGCGGGAAGCCCUCUUGACCUGAGCAGGACAAAAGAGGCACUGCCUCUGCUUCGUUUCACCAUGGAUACCAUGAAACAAGAAAUAAACCCUCUCUAUUGUAUCUGGAUCCAAUUUCCUCUCUUGCUGCUGGCCAGAGCAUGGAAGCAAGAAGCUGCAAGUCUUGUCAUUACCUAUAUCACUUUGUUCCUUCAGGAGCAUUGCAAGGCCACAAUGAAGCCACACUUCCAAAUGUGAAGUUAUUUAUUGGUGUAAAAAUUUCUCAUUAGUAUGAUAUUAUUAAAAGGUA